AUGAAGGGUUCCAUUAUCGCCGCCGCAGCCAUGGUGGGCACCGCCAUGGCUGACGGUCACUUGCACCGUCGCCAUGAUGCUAUUCACCAGCGUCGCGCUGAAUCGUCCUCUGUGGCUGUUUCUUCCUCCGUGGCCGUUUCUUCGUCUGCUGCUGUUUCUUCCAUUGCUCUCUCUGCACCUGCCGCUGCCGACACUUGCGAUUGUAUCACCAAGGUUAUCACCCACUACGGUUCCCCCACUCUGGUGCCUAUCGUGCAGACCUCGACUCCCGAGUCUACUACUACCUCGACCAGCACUGUUCACGCAACCAGUACUGCCACUUCUGUAGUGACUGUUACUCCCACUGAAAGUGUCACUUCUUCGUCCGUGGCUGCUGUUACUACCCCGUCUGUGGACCUGCCCACUGGUGCGGUCACCAGCUUCUCUGAGACUGGAACCUACACCAUUCCGGCCACCACCAUCACUGUGACCGAGUCUACCACUGCUGCUGCUGCCGCUACCACCUCGGUGACUGCUGGCACCUACACCCUCGGUCAGACCACCACCGUUGUCGAGACCGAGACUACAGUGAUCUGCCCCUAUGCCACCACCUCGGCCAGUGGCACCACCGUGACCAGUGUCAUCGAGUACACCACCUACACUUGCCCCGGUGCUGGCACCUACACCGUUGUCCCCGGUACCACCACCACAGUUCCCGCUGACACUGUUCUUGUGUACCCCACCCCGACCACCAUUGCCCCCGGCACCUACACUCAGCCGGAGACUACCAUCACUGUGACCAAGACUGACUAUACCUAUGUCUGCCCCUUUGCCACUAGCACCAGCACCCUGGCCUCGAUCUCUGUUGCCGUUCUCCCGACCAGCACCUCGACCAUUGUUGCCGCCGUCUCGACUGCUAAGUCUGAGACCUCCACUGUUGCUGCUUCUACCAGCACCGCCUCCACUUACACCGAUGGCGCUCUCACUGGUAAGGAUGCGUAUGGUCUGACCUUCUCUCCUUACACUUCCGCCGGCGCCUGCAUGACCAAGGCCGAGGUCCUCUCCAACAUGAAGCUCAUCAAGAAGAAGGGAUUCUCCAUCGUCCGUGUCUACUCAACCGAUUGCAGCUCCCUGGAGUUCAUUGGUGAUGCCGCCAAGACUCUUACCAUGAAGAUGAUCCUCGGUGUGUUCAUCGAGGCCUCCGGUACUUCGGUUGCUCAGGAGCAGGUCAACGACAUCGUCGCCUGGGCUGAGUGGGACCUUGUUGACUUCAUCGUUGUCGGUAACGAGGCUAUCUCCAGCACAUACGUCUCUGCUGCCACUCUCGCCAGCUUCAUCACUUCGUCCAAGUCCGCUUUCACCGCCGCUGGUUUCACUGGCCAGGUCACCACCGCCGAGCCCAUUAACAUCUGGGAACAAUAUUCCUCCACCCUUUGCGGCGUCGUUGACAUCGUCGGUGCCAACCUCCACCCCUUCUUCAACUCGGACACCACCGCCGAAGAGGCCGGUACCUUCCUUACCAGCGAGUUCGCUGUCCUUAAGAACCUCUGCAACAAGGAUGUUGUCAACCUUGAGACUGGCUGGCCCAUGAAUGGUACCGCCAACGGUGUUGCCGUCCCUAGUGUUGCCAACCAGGAUACCGCUUUGAAGGCCAUUGCCAAGGCUGUCGGUGGCAAGUCCGUCUUCUUCUCAUACGCCAACGACGCCUGGAAGGACCCCGGUGCGUACGAUGUUGAGCGGUACUGGGGAUGUGCCGACGUCUUCUCCGAUCCCUCGUCUUAA